AUGGAAGAUGAUGAUACCCUUAAUUAUCAAAUAAAAUAUAAAUUAGGAUUGCAUUUACUGUCUGGAGUCGGUUGCAAAGAAGAAAUUGAUAAAGGUUAUAAGAAAAUUGUUGAAGCUGCAAGUUUAGGUCUUCCUGAUGCAAAAAGCUGGAUAAACAAAUAUAAGAAUAAAAAUGAUUAUGGAGCAGUAGAAGCGAAAAAAUUAUUAUUAAAUAAAAAUCG